AUGGCUAGUAAUGCUAGAGAAGACACACAAAGCAAUAAUAUUCCUACCAAUAUUGAAGUUGAAGUUCAGAGUAACGCUAAUCCAACUUCAGAAACUCCACAACCAACGGAUAAUAAUGCCUCAAAUCCAGAAGGAUCAAAUCCUGUUGAAGGUGACAAUAAGGCUAAUGUUAAGAGUGCUUAUUGGGAGUAUUUUGAUCGUUUAAAAGUUGAAGGUGAAUGGAAGGCAAAAUGCAAAUUUUGCAAGAGUGUGCUUAGUGCAAAUCCGAAGAAUGGUACUAAGUCAUUGAGAAACCAUGUGGACCGCUACUGUAAAAGAAUAAAAGUGGUGAACUCAAGGCAAUCAUCAAUUGUUGAAUCACUAGCAAAACAAGCACAUGUGCAAAAAGUAAAUGAAGAUGGCUUUGUGUUUGAUCAUUCAAAGACAAGAAAGUGUGUCGCCGAAAUGAUUAUCCUGCAUGAGUAUCCUUUGAGUUGUGUGGACCACCAUGGACUGAGGCGAUUGGUUGCAUCAAUGCAACCAACAUUUAAAAUGCCUAGUCACAACACGGUUAGGAAAGACAUCUUGAAGAUGUUUGGGGAUGAGAAGCUGAAGCUAACUCUUCAACUAGAUGAAAAUGAUAGCAGAGUUGCAAUAACUAGCGACAUGUAGACUUCCAAUCAAGAAAAAGGUUACAUGGUUGUCACAGCUCACUAUAUCGAUAGUUCGUGGAAGUUGCAAAUGCGCCUAUUGAGCUUUUGUUAUGUUCCUUGUCCCCAUACAAGUGAAGUUCUUACUCAAACAUUGAUGAAAAUAUUGUUAGAAUGGAAUGUUGAUAGAAAAAUGUCUACUGUUAUAUUGGAUAAUUAUUCUACUAAUGAUGCUAUGAUAGAUG